GACCAAUUGAAACCAAGUCAAAUUACACAGAUAAACUUCUCUAAUAAUCUCCCUCCCGCCACCCACUCCUAUCUUCCUCUAAUCUCGCCUCUCAUCUCUCUCAUUCUCUCUCUCUCUCUUUCUCUCCACUCUCAUCAUAUAAAGACAUUAUUAAACUCACCCAUUCUUAAUCCAACUCUAAAGUCAUCUAUCUCUCUCUCUGUUUUUUGUUUUUAUUGUCUCUUCUUGAGAGCUAAAACAUACAUCAAAUGGCCAUUGUCGACGUUGAUGAUUCAUUCAAGAGACCGGGAACUGUACCUUUUAGCUGGGAGAUCCGACCCGGUGUACCCAAAACCCGAAUUUCUCAACCCGGUAACACCACCACUACUCCUUUUCUACACCCUCCGAAGAAGCUAUCUCCUCUCAGGUUAAAACCAUUGUCUCACUCUCAGCCGCUUUUCCCGCCGGCUUUAUCUCCGCCGUCUUCUUCUUUCAUCUCCAACUCAAAAAGCCGUCCUUUAUCUCCUCUCACUCCUUCUUUUUCCACUACCCCAUCGAAGCUCAAGCCACCACCAACACCAUCGUCGGCUUCUGUAUUCUACUCUCCGGGACCUUCUUUCCGAUCAUCGCCGCGAGCUUUCUCGGAACGGUGGCAGCUCCAACGCCCUAACCGAAUCAGACCCGCAUCCGAACACGAAGAAAGUUCCGAUUUUUCCGUUGCCGGAUUCGGGUGCUUCCCGUCGCCUAAGUUUAGGUUGAGGAAGAAUAAGAGCGGUGGUAGUAGUAGUCGGAGAAAAACCCGGUCGAGAUCGGAGAAUGAAUAUUACUGCUCUGAUAUGGAGACGAUGUCGCCGUGGACUGUUUCUAGCCGGAGAUCAGUUUCUCCGAGAUGGGACUCGCCGAAGUCGUCCUUCUCUUCUCUCCGAUUUUCGCCACGUAUCGCCAACGAAGCUGAAUGGGUCGGGUUUGGGUUCUUUUGAACACGCUUUUAAAUUCAAUGAAUGUCUCGAGAUCGGCUCUUUAGCCAUCCGAACCAAGGAAAAGCUUGAAAUGAAUCGCUCAAAUCAAAUUAAUGCAAAAAUCAUGGGCUAAAUUAGUUUUUCUAAAAGUUAAGGGUCCUAUAUCUAAUGUCUUUGGAGUUUUCACAUCUUUGUAAUAUAAAAUUUGUGGAUUGUGGGAUGUCUAAAGACAAUCCACAAUUUUGAAGUUUUGAGUGCGGGGGACGAAAUAUUGUAACUUUGUAAGAUAUAAAUAGUAAAAUGGAAUUUUCCCAUUUUUCUUA